AUGUUCCAGCGAGAAGCAGCCCCACUCCAGGACAACGUGGACCCCAUCACGGAGCUUCUCUCCCAGCUCUCUGGUACAGGGAGUGGUUCUGGGGGAGCAGGGGGAGGGGGAGGAAGUGGAGGGGGAGGGAGUGGAGGGAGUGGUGUGGGAAGCAUGUCACAGGGGGCAGGGGGAGGGGCAGGUGGGAGGAGACUGUUCUCAGACAUGCCGGCCCACGUCCAGCACCUGCUGGAGGAGAGACAGCACUUUGAGCGCGUGUCUCCCUCACGUAGGACCGUCUACCGUAAGAUUGUGUCGGGGAUGCAGGGCUCUGCCAAUCCCUCAAUGGCUUACCAUUUAUCAGGUCACAAUCCAGUUCUUCCUCCUCAUCCUCUCCUGGACAUGGGUGUCGGUCUGGACCUGUCUCGAGGACAGGCUUCUGGCAAUGCCACCAGAGACAGUCACAAGGAAAGGGCACCUACCUCGGCGUCAAAAGCGAAUCAUCUCUUAGCAAGCUACAGUCUACCUCCACUGACAGAGGCUGAAAAGUCGUCGCUGGAGCAAACCAGGGCAGACAAGAGCCUCUUUGUCCAAGAACUGCUCCUCUCCAUGCUAGCCAGCAGCAGCAGUAGCUCCUCUGACUCGGGGUCUGACAGUGAAGAUGGGACGUAGUGUUGUAGGAUGUGUUUGUGUGUGUAUGCCCUAUGUCGCUACCACUGCUCUGGAUAUUAUACUGUCGUGCACGCCGCUCCCUCUCUUCAUAACGGGAGUAGCUGUCUUUUGCACUGUGAUCGAUUAUG